AUGUUAUUUGUUAAGAAGAAGGAUGGGAGUUUACGGUUGUGUAUUUAUUACCGGGGUUUGAACCAGGUCACUGUGAAGAACAAGUACCCUCUUCCCAGAAUCGAUGAGUUGUUGGAUCAGUUGAGGGGUGCUACUUGGUUCUCCAAGGUAGAUCUGGCAUCGGGUUAUCAUCAGAUACCGAUAGAUGACGCAGAUGUGAGGAAGACUGCUUUUAAGACGAGGUAUGGGCAUUAUGAGUUUGUGAUGCCUUUCGGGUUGACUAACGCGCCAGCAGCGUUUAUGAGAUUGAUAAACAGCGUGUUUCAGGAGUUUCUGGACGUGUCUGUCAUCAUUUUCAUCGACGAUAUUCUGGUAUUUUCUAAGAGUCCUGAAGAGCAUGCAGUGCAUUUGAGGGCAGUUAUGGAGAAGCUGCGGGAGCAUAAGUUGUUUGCUAAGUUGAGCAAGUGCAGUGUAGUUCAAAUGGUUAAGGGUGGAGUUGUUGCUGGUUGUGGAUGCGGACGUGGUCGGGGAAUUUGUCGUGGUCGUGGUAGGGGCAGAGUUCCAGCAGUGAGUGAGUCUAUUGACCAGAGUCUGACAGCUGAGGGUGUCGGCAAGUCGUAG